GUCGGAUGCGGAACGAUGCCUCUAACGGGAUACUUGCACCUCCAUCCAACCGAUCAACUAUAUCUCCAAGCUCUACUCGAGUACGGUACCCUACAAGUACCGGCAUUGUACGAGCAAACGUAUCUAUCGUAGUAAUAGUUCAAUUGGAGUGACUUCGAAUCUGGUACCGGUACUGUGGGGUACCAUACAGGUGGUCGUAUGUCGCCGUGAACUUACUGUGCUUGGUGCGGCAUCGGCCCUGCAAUCGAGAUAACUAUUUGCAGAGUGCGGUAUCUUAGUAACCCCGCGAUAAUUAUUCCAUUAUGAUAUCUCAAACACACCGAGAUCAUACGUGCCAUGUCGAGGCCGUGUCAAGCAUUCCGGGUCGCCUACCAGUUCCUAGAUCUCGUGCUCCACAAAAGAGGAAAAGGAAUCGCAUCAGCGCUUAAGCGUUAUCUCACCCGUGAGCCAUGACCAACUGUCUUUAGUACUGAUACACGCUUCAAUCGUCGCCUUUGCUCCACUUGCUAUUGUUAUUUGCGUUCUGGAAUUUGCCCGCUUGCUUGCCAGUGGGGGACCGUUUCCCCACUCUCGUGCAGCCCAAGACCACUCCAUACGCGGUUCCAGCGCUCGUCCCCUUUUCUUGUGAUCCCUGGUAUGAUUCCAGCGUGCGGAUAGAUAUCAGAGAAUAAUCCCACUGCGACAGAAUCUCAGGGCAAAGACACAGCAAAUUCCAGAUCUCUUGGGACUAAGCCCCUAUAUCGCUUGAUAAAUACGGCGACAGCUAGCUAGCCGAUCCAGCGAGAUAUCCCACAACAGACCAAAUAUGUCGAAGGAGGAAGCGCAGCAGAACAAGCCUUUUGUCGAGAGCGGGAUUCCCGCUUACGAUAACAACCACGAGGCUGGGUUCGUGCAGGAAUACACUCCAGCCAAAGAUGGUAUUGAGCUUCAUCCAAAACCCACCGCUGAUCCUUUGGACCCUUUGAACUUUCCUAGAUGGCAAAAAUGGACAGCUUUGGGUAUUGUCAUGUGGAUGUACUUUUUGUUCACAUACAUCACCACCACGACCGUGCCAUCCUUCGCUCUCUUGCAAGAGCAAUUCUCAAUCUCGUAUUCCCAAGUGAACUGGACAGUCGCUCUCCCAGCUUUGGGGCUUUCCGUGGGCCCACUUGUCUGGUCAUCCUUAUCGGAUAUCUAUGGACGUCGCAUCAUCUUAAUUAUCGGCACUAUAAUAGCCCUGGUGGCUACUAUCGGUAGCGCUGUUGCAAAGACGUAUAGUAGUUACAUGGCUGCUAGAUUCUUCCAAGGUCUUGGGGUUGCACCAGCUUCAACUGUCGGAAUGGCCGUUGUGAACGAUCUCUUCUUUGAGCACGAGCGUGGGCAAAAGCUCGGUUUGUGGGUUCUGGCGAUAGACAUGGGAUUGCUGGUCGGUCCUUUGAUCGGCGGGUUCGUCACUCUGGUGGAUCAAUACUGGGUGGCUUGGCUUACGGCCAUCUUUUUCGCCGUCUUGUUGAUUGCGCAGAUCUUCUUCUUUCCGGAAACCCUCUAUCCAAGAAGGCUCAUGCUUUCCCAGCUACCAACAUCCUCUGGGCUCCGCCACGAUAAUGAGAAGACUGCAACUGUAUCUGCCUCAAAUGACAUUGCUAGAACCAAGCAAUUACCAUUUUUGAAUAUAUGGAAAAUUCCGGGAAUCGAGCAUCCAAAGCCGUGGGAUACCUUGGUGCGAUUUAUCGAGAUGUGGACAUUCCCGAACGUAGCGGUUGCCGUAGUGGUCUACUCUUUUGCAUGGUACUGGUGGAUCAUGUCUGUGAUAACCUACCUCCCGCCAGCAUACCCAGAAUACAGGCCCCAGAUACAAGGCCUUCUGUACGGCGGUAUGAUUUUGGGGACACUCUUCUCCGAGGUCCUAUGCUCAGGGACGUUGGGUGAUUGGAUUGUUAUUAAACUUGCGAAGAAAAACAAUAAUGUAAGGGUAGCGGAAAUGAGAUUGUGGCUUUUAUACCCGGCUACGGUCAUAACUUCUGUCGGAUUGAUUGUAUGGGGAGUCAGUGUGGAUAAGCACUACCAUUGGAUGGUCGGUCAAGUAGCCCUCUUCCUGGUCGCUGCGGGAAUCCAAAUGGGCAACACCGCAAUCUGUGCCUAUAUAGUAGACUGCUAUCCACUCCACGCGAUGUCGGUAAUAAGCUUCUAUGUUGUUCUACUCAAUUUGUCGGCAUUUGCGAAUCCGUUCUUCAUAGCCCCAUGGUGCGACACUGUCGGAUUCACAGGGACAUUUACUACACAAGGUCUCCUCACAGCCGUUGUGGUGAUUCCAGCGAUAUGCAUAUUGCAUGUGUUUGGCAAAAGAUGGAGAGAGAGGAGGGGCGCCCCCAAGUGGAUUUCGCCCGAGUAUGCAUAGGAUUUAUACUUUCCAGUUCUUUUGGUCCUUCGUAUACCAUUGCUUUUUAUUUUAAUAAAUUCAUACCUCUUUC